AAUAUGUUUCAAAAAAAGGUGUACUGACAAAUAAAAGUGGUAAAUUUUGCGCAGUAAUUAUUAAUUUCAGGCUGAAACUUAUGAGAGAUCGGUUCGAGUUUUGAACAAUAAGAAUAUUCAGACGGAUGAGAACGUUUCCGAGAAAGCAUUACCACAGAAAGCUGUAAUCUUUGAAGAUAUAGCGACUGAUAUGAGUCGAAUUGAAGAUCAUCAGCUAAAGGGGCAAGAAGCAAGUACUCAGUGGACGAGGAAUAGCUCAAUACCUGAGGAGAAUUUGUCAACAACAGCUCCAGCAUUUGCUUCUAGCAUAUCAACACGACGCAAUGAACCUGACGCUAAUUCUAUAUCUGAUGUCACGUCACUUGCAAUGGAUUUUACAACUUCAGAAGUUAUCGAUGAUAGCAUCAAGCAAAAAAUGUCACAAAAUAAUCACAAGAAGCAAGUUCAAACUUUUCCUGUAAAUGGUUGUGGUGUGCAAACCGAUAUAGCACAAUUUCAAGUUCAUGAACUUAUGCUCAAAUUACAUGAUUUACAGACCAAAGUACGUCCAAACUUAAUGAAUCGAAGUGCUGAAACAUCAUUAAAUGAUUCUAUUACUAAUAUUACAACGAAAGGGCGUGGGAUUCAGAAUGAAAAAAGUAGAAAAAUGUGCAACAAAUGUAUCCAAUAUGAAUUCACUCCAUCACUUGUUGAUAGUUCAACGGCUAUAGACAGAUCAAUUCGUGAAAUGGUAGAACAAGGUGCAAGUACAAUAAAAGAUUCUGAUUCACUUCUUCAUCAGUCUAUGGAAACAGAUGCAUGGAUACCACAAUUACAAUUUCCUGAAUGUAGUCGAUCUGUGCAAACAAUGUUUGAUGAUGAAGACGACGAUGAAAAUCAAGAACAAGUUUCAUUAACAAGCAAGCAAACAGGAACUGUGCAAAAAGAUGGUUCUACAGAUUUUUUUACUGUUGACAAUAGCACACAAUGUUCAUUGGAAUCAAAAGAUGUAUGCGAUACUUACGUGCAAACUGUGCUAGAAAUGAAUGAUUUUUGUAGUGAUCGGUUAACUUGUAGAAACUACAAUGCGUCAACGUUAACACUUAACGGAAGUUCAAGUGAAACAGAGCAGUCUUCAUUAGGAAAUGGCGAACCUCUACGACGAGAUCUUAUAAUUCAAACUGAUGAUUCAUAUCUAAAAAUUGCUCGACGACUAGAUCAAAUUCGAACGAAUAGAACUGAAAGCUUGCACAUUUGUAUAGCUCGACCUUUAAAAAAAUCAAAAUCAUUUACUGAAGAUCCAAGUGCGAGGCGAAGAUUCUUCUUACAGCCAGUCUGUAAUCCGAAAAAAGUAUUCGAUGAGAAGAAGGAAGACAGAUUAUCACUCCAAAAAUUCCAAAUGGCAAAAGUGUCAGAAGAUUUGCCAAAUUCGUCAGAAACAAUUCAACCAAAAACGUCAAAUUUUUUGACAGCUAAAUCUGACCCUCGAUUUCACAAGUCCCGCUCAAUUUCACCACAAAUAUUAUGUCGAAGACCACCAGUAAGGUCAAGUUUCAGAAGAAAGCCUUCUUUGCCAGGUUCUGUUCAACCUGGUAAAGUAAGUGACUUCAUCUGGUACCACGAGAAAGGGAUUCAUAACCCGGGAACUCCAGAAGGACUCAGAGCUAGUCAAAUGAUCAUCAUUGAUAUGCGAGAUAAGGAUGCUGUUGAUACUUUUGGAUUGGGUAGUGCUAGUUGUUCAGUUCCAGUAAAUUACUGUAAAGGUAUUGUCGUCACAACGUGCUGCUAUAAUAAUGAAGAUGUAACGCAAUCAGAAAAACGUAGAAUUAAUUUAUUAUCACAAGAUGGUGAAACGAUUAUUGUUGAUAUGGAUGUGAUGGCACAGGCAAAGACUAUCAACAAUAUGCUGACGGAUCUACUGAUCGACCAAGCGGAUGAUUCACAACCAGCUUUCGAUUUGCCUGUGCAGUUGCCAGCAAAAACGAUCAAAAAGGUCCUUACAUGGUGUACACAUCAAGCAUAUCUUACGGAAGAUGAAGGAAAAUCAGAAGAAGAAAAAAUUUGGCGAAAAAAUUUUCUGGCACUUCCGGACAAUAAUGAACUUUUUGAACUUGUACAGGCUGCGAAUUACUUGGAUGUUGGGGAUUUGCUUUCAUUUGGCUGUGAAACUAUAGCAAAUCAUAUCAAAGGAAAGACCGUGGAAGAAUUACGAGCUUUUUUUAAUAUUGAAAAUGACUUUUCACCAGAAGAAGAAGCUCGGAUUCGCGCAGAAAAUGCUUGGUGUGAAAUGUGA